CGCACAACAACAACACCGCCACCACCACCACCACGCAGCGCACAGGCAGCCAGCGUCUCCCGGGCUCCCCGCACCUCAUCCCCUCCGUGUCGCCCGGCGGCGGAGCCAUGCAUCCUCCGCUCUCACGCAGCGCGCACACGAGACGCUAAAGAGAACUCCGCUCUGGUCGACACCCACCACCACCAACAACCUCCACAACCACCAUCAACCUCCAGCACCGCUGCUUGAGAAGUCUUCUCCAUCGUCAUCGUCCGCGCCGACACCCUCUGCUCAGUGGCGCGGUCGUUUGCGUUGUUGGCCGCGCCUCUUCGCGCUGCUCGGUCGCAAACCGGCAUCGUCGGCUGCUGAUUUGUGGGAGAAGAAGAAGCAGCAGAAGCAGCGGCAGGACGAGGAGGAGAAGAAGGAGAGCGCUAAAGCAGCAGGGGGACACAAAAGAAUCGGGAGGGGAGGGAAAGUGAAAAUUGUCGCCGCUCUUGGAGCUGCUGCAGUUGGCGUGGGGAUUGUCGCGAUUUGCACGCUCCGGGUCCGAGUGUUUGGUUAUUCCGGAAGCGUAAACUUUGUUAUUUGUGCAAAGAACUAAAGAUUAUUGUUCAUUUGUAGUCACUUCGGCUUACCUCCUGCUCCUCAACACCAGCACCACCAUCAUUGUUAGGCGCUCUGGAGUCGAGGAGAAGUUUGUCAACCGAAAGGAAUCUACUGAUCAUCCUCAUUCAUCUCCAUCAUCCUCCUCUGCCUGCCCACGUGGGGACACUUCGCUUGUGAUCUCUCCGCCUGCUACAUUCUUCCCAUAAGUCGCCAUCGUCGUCAUCCUCAUCACCGUAAUCAUCAGCAGCAGUAUCAGCAGCAGUAUCAGCAGGACCUCUUCGUCUCUCUCGCCCGUGGGCCGUCACGAUGGAGACGGUCAUUGAGAAAGAGUGCGGAGCGCUGGGAGGGCUCUUCCAAGCCGUCAUGAACGACAUGAAGGUCAGUUACCCGAUCUGGGAGGACUUCAUCAGCAGAGCUUCAAAGCUGCAUUCACAGCUCAGGACAACGCUGACGGCAGCGGGAGCCUUCCUGGAGGCUUUUCAGAAGGUGGCGGACAUGGCUACAAACACGAGAGGAGCCACGAGGGAGAUCGGUUCGGCCCUCACGCGCAUGUGCAUGCGGCAUCGCAGCAUCGAGACCAAGUUGGCGCACUUCACACAAGCACUCGCCAGCAACCUGCUGGGCCCCCUGCAGGAGAAGCUGGAGGAGUGGAAGAAAACAGCGGCUCAAUUGGACAAGGACCACGCCAAGGAGUACAAGAAAGCGCGGCAGGAGAUCAAAAAGAAAUCGACAGACACCAUCCGACUGCAGAAGAAAGCCAAGAAAGAAACCUGCUGUCGAGAGGAACCCAGGGGCAUAAACAAGAGAGGCAACAGGGAGGUGCAGCCGGCACUCGACUCGGCACUGCAGGAAGUGACGGACACGUACCUCCUGCUGCAGGAGGAGGAGAAGCAGGCGGUGCGGCGCGCCCUGCUGGAGGAGCGCAGCCGCUACUGCACAUUCACGUACAUGCUGCGCGACGUGCUGACCCAUGAGGUGGCCAUGCUGGGGGACGUGACGCACCUCCAGGCCAUCCUGGACGACCUAAGCUCGCUGACCAAGGACCCGCACGCCCUGCCGCCCGCCAGCGAGCAGCUCAUCCUGGACCUGAAGGGCUCGGACUACAACUGGAGCUACCAGACGCCACCCUCCUCCCCUAGCACGUCUGGCUCUCGCAAGUCCAGCAUGUGCAGCAGCCUGAACAGCGUGACGAGCAGCGACUCGCGCUCCAGCGGCUCGCACGCACACUCGCCGAGCGCGCACUACCGCACGGGUGGACUGGCGCCGCCGGCGCAGGCGCCGUUGCGCCUCUCCUCCGUCUCGUCAGACUCGGGAUUUACCUCCCAGGACACCGUCUACUCGAAGCCGCCCUCGCCCAUGUUUGGCCAGCUGGCCCAGAAGUCCAUGAGCCUGGCCGCGGAGUCUUCUGCCAAUGAGGGCAGUUUACCGGCCUCGGCACUGCCCCAGCAGCAGCUCUCAUGCCAUGAUCCUCCGCGCUCAUCCCACAGUGCCUGCUUCUCCUUCCCUCCACUCCCGUGUGACGCCCUCCCGGUCACUAACCUCAGGCCGACCCCCCACCCCUCCAGCCCUGCCCGUGCCUGUCACCCCCAUAACCCCACCGCUAAUAAGCACCCACCCCCACGGCUCAACGACUCCCCGCCGCUCUCCCCUCUCCCCCUCUCCUCCCAGGUCCCCAGCUGGAAGGACUGGGUGAAGCCGGGACCCUACGACCUGCAGGUGGCAAACACUCUGGCGCGGCGGAGCGAAUCCAACGAGAGGCCCGCGCCGAUGACCAUGCCAGCAGAGAUGGUGGCACCGCCCACACCAGGAGUGUCCGCUGGGCCAAUCAUGCCAGGGCCUGUCCACAAGGCACCGGGGGACAUGGCGCGGGCGAUGCUGGCCCAGAGCCUCCUCUCGGGGGGCUCCCAGAAGAGCAGCCAGGAGACGCUGCCCUGCUCCAGCGGCUACGGCAGCCAGGCCUCCACUCCGCGGUCUGACGACUCCAUCUCCAUGCACGGUGGAGACUAUGGCUACUACACGAUGAAUGGCGAGAUGGACCGGGCAGCGCAGUCCGACUUUGACAAGUGCGCCACCAUCUCGCGCAGCAGCGACAUCGCGCGAGCGUACCGCCACAUGUUCCAGAACAAGCGCGGCGGCUCCGUGUCGAGCGCUGCCGCCGACUCGGCCGCCGCGGCGGGGCUGGCGGCGUGCGGCGUCGCCACGAUCCGCCGUACCCCCACGCUGCGCCGCACCGCCUCCAGCGGCGGCCCCAUCCCUAUCCAGACGCCAAUGAUCCCCCUCGUGCGAGGCCCCGUCGUGCCGCCCGUUCACGGGGGCGGCACGACGGGUCGGGGCGGCGGCGGCGGUGGUCGUGGAGGCCGGGAGCAGCAACAUGAUGGUGGUGGUGGUGGUUUGAUGUCGCCUAAGCACGGCAUGCUGCCCGCGCGCGCCAGCGCCUCCAGCCGCAGCGGCAGCGAGGAGCGAACGGACAGCGGCGGCAGCCCCCGGCACGUGGCGCCGCCCGGCAGGUCGUGGUCGCGCAGCGGCAGCGAGGAGGCCCUGGAGCGGAGCCUCUCGCCGAAGCGCAGCACCCCCAGCGGCAGCAGCAGCAGCACGCCGGGCACCCCCGGCACCCCGGGGCCACGCGGCUGGCAGGGCGGCAGCGGUGGCAGCAGGAGUGGCAGCGAGGAGCGUCUGGAGGAGCGGAGUCUUUCUCCCCGGCGCGGCUCGCACGGGCCCGCGCGGGGCGGCUGGUCAGCCGGGCCGCCCCCGACCUUGAUGAAACCAUCGGCCGCGGUGAUAGCGGCCGUGCAGGGAGGGGGAGGCGGCGGUGGCGGCGGCGGCGGCGGCGGCGGCGGCGGCGGCGGCGGCGGCGGCGGCGGCGGCGGUCUCCAGCGGGGCGGAUCGCAGGGCUCGUACUAUGCGCAGGCCGAGGAGGAGCAGCGCAUGGCGCAGAACUACCAGAGCAUCGCCGAGAAGCUGGAGGCACUCACGGCCGGAGCGCACGCCCUGGCCGAGGAGCAAUUUCCGCCUACCGUGCCGCCGCCCGGUGCUCUGCCCAGCUCCCUCUCCGAGGAGACGGACACGCUGGGCACAAUCCGGCGUGGCGUGAGGCUACGGCAGACGGGCUCCAGGAGCGACCGCUCGGCGCCAAUGUUCGCUUACUAUGCCCUGCUGCAGGGGGAGAAGCGGAUAAAGUGACAGUGGUAGGGAAAGCGGGGGCUAAACGAGCAGAUGGGGUGGACAGAUCGGAUGAAGAGUUUAACGAAGGCAAGACAUGAUGUGAAGGAGAGAGAGGCACAGAAAGAGAUUGUUACUGGAGGAGGAAUUGAGCGGAUAUGCGGAAGAUGUUUCCAAGCGACGGGUAUGUCGGUGAAACUUUGUAGAGGCCCCUUUUGUGCACUUUUGUGCAGUGUUUUAAGGAAGGACCCUGAAAAAGGCCUGCACUGGGGUUACCCAUCAAAUUUGUUAGCGUGUGAACAUUCAUCCUGUCUUGCAUAACUUAACCCACGUGAUUUUGAGCAACAUGCAUUUUACGGCUUUCAAUAUUUUUUACUUUUAAAUUUGUGGCGAGACAGCUCCUAAAGUUUUAUCCUCCUAGAGAGGGAGGUCUGUUGAAAAUGAAAGCCAUAGGAGUGGGUUUUAGAAGCCAAAAUUCUGACCGAUUUACUUGAGGUGGCUAAUUAUUAACGAGUGGAGUUUACUUUCAUUGAGGCCAAGUAUCCAUAGACAGCGUCUCCAAAAUGGAGGCAUGAAUUUUGUAUUGUUAGUUUUUUUCGUGAUUUAAAACUAUAUUAAUACAACAAUGUAAUGCAGCAAAUACAAGCGAUGUAGAUAUAUAAAAUGAGUGAACGUGGCUUCGGAAGCGCACGUAAUCUAACACCACAACCUCAUGCGCACUAUUAAAAUAAUUAUUGCAGUGGCAUGAAUCACGAUUUUUCAAAUGUCAACGGACAGCUGAAAAUACUCGCGGCACGUCUGGAAAUGAAAUUGCAUCGAGAGUAAAUGGCUUUAUUACUUCAAUAUUGACGUGCCGUCAAAUUACCGCAGCAUUCCCAAUCCCAGUAGUGUUUGCAACCACCUCCAUUUUUCCCCUCCGACUCCACCCAGCGAACCUUCAUGACCCCUUGCAGAGACUCGGUGCUGAACGGGCACAUACACAUUGGUGUGCAGCCCUCGGUCGAUCCACUGCAGGACGAGGGUCUCUCUGCGCCGUGAGACUCUUGGGGGUUAGGGUUAACCGUACUUCAGCGCAUGCCGGUCACUGUGGGUUGGUGAAGGCAGGGAGCAUUGAAGUGCAGUGGAACAAUUGAAUUUACUUCACUGCCCUCUGCUGCCAACAACAUAGCUCCGCGUACGCCUUGUACAGUUUAAACGACGAAGGUGCACAUCGUAGUGGGCGAUUCAGAUAUUGGGAAAUUGAGGAGAGAUUGGAUUGACUGUGUAUAUGUGUGUGUGAGACAAAUAGUGGAAUUUCAUCGAUAGUACCUUGUGGAUUCUCGAAAAUGACCUAAUAAAUGUCAGCCGGUCAGUCAAGUUAAUGCAAACGUGCAUAGGGAAUGGCUGAAAUAUGUGCAUUUCAUCAAUGAUGUAGAGUUUCGGUGUGAAUAUUAUGCCAAAAGCGAACGUUCUUCUCAAGCAUGAUUUAUUUAUUCAUUUUGUUGCUCGUUAUUUUUUAAAUGGGGACCACGCGCAGUGGCUGAGGUGUUGUGUGCUGGCCGGAUGUCGCCCGUGACAAACCACGGCGAUAAACACACGGAUAGCGUGCGCCGAGUAACAGCAUGCGAUGACCGUUCCUGUAAUAGCCUGAAAUAACAGUUACGUGUGUUGAUGCUGUCUCAGUAUUAUAAAUUGACAAAGGUUGAGUAUUCCUAGGUUUAACUCUUUACGAAUGCAAUCGGUUGGUGUUUGUAAAGUGAAUUGCACAAAUCUCACUCCUUGUGGCGGUUAGCACAAAUAUUUUGAAAAUAACUUAAAAUUUUUGUUCAGGGAUUCUACUCUAGUGAUUUUAUUUUCGUAAAAAAUGAUGACGGUUUUUCUAUUUUCUCUGGCACACAACUGAGAUACUUUUUAUUGCAUAUAAAAACACGUGUGGCUAAUGUGUCACUGAAAACAGGCCUCGGUAUAUUUCUUUUCUGUUUUGGCAUUUUAUGGACACACACACGUAUAUAAUAAUAAUAAAAGGGUGGUCAAAAUGUUUUAAGAACGAAAUGCAAAAAAUUACUGGGGUCAGAUAAAACUGCUUUGACAGCAGCAUUUAGCAUUAAUAUCUGUCUUCGUGUAUCUCGGCAUCAAAUCGGUUAGAUGAAUCAUUAUAUAAUUAUACAUGGUAUAGAUAUAUUUUUAAAAUGUUUAGUAAAAAAAAUCUCUAAGACAAAUACCCUUAAACGUUUAUUUUGAACAUUGUUCUGAAAACACUUUGACCACCUCUUGCGUGUAUAUUUGUUACAUGUACGCGUGCAUAUAUGUAUUUGUUAAUACAUAUGCAUACAGUAUAUCGUUUAGGAAUUUGUCUCUCGUGUGUACAUUUACGUUGGUUAGUGCUGGAUCACCUUGGACAUGUAAGUAGACUCUGCCAUCCUCUUCUAUGAGCCAGAAUUGUGUUUGCGCGUUGUCACAUGCUCCGUACAUAGCCCCAGAGGAACACGCGGACUAACCCCCAGGGGGGGGCCCGUGUGCGUGCUGUGAGCCUGCAAGUUUUUCACGAACACAUCUUCCGAAGAAGAAAAAAACUGCACUACAUUGUCCCUCCUCUGAGCCUUAACUUGAGUUGCCUGUUGAAAUACUGUGUGGCAUUUAACCUAUUGGGCUUUAGCUGUAACUUUAUCGGAAGAGCUAAUAUAUUAACACAUGGUUCUUUUUUCAGGCUUCAUUCGAUACAUAAGUGACUUACGAACAUAUAGAAUUGUCUUACAAAUGUACUCGCGUUAAUAACUAAGAAUAUCGUAUUUUUAAAUGUAUAACCAGAGCCUGUGUUAUAACAGCCAAUUUAGUAAACGUCACAGCUCCAAGUAGUCGUCCCUUCAUUUUGAUGUGUGUCAUGUAUGGCCCCAUUUGUUAAAUUGAUUUUCACGGUAGCCUAGAGAUUGGCACAGUCUGAUUUUUGGGAAUACCCUAAUUAUAGGCCGAUAGCAAAUACCACAAAUCGCCGAUGGCAAUUUGUCAGUGGCCAGACGCCUUGACACGUUAAAGACAGUUCUCAUUUUCGUCACCCUUUUUUCAACGUAAUGACACGAAUGCACAAUCUAUUGUUUUUCGUUGCGUAAAUUUCCUCGCGAUUGGCAUCGUUGCGUGGUGCGGCCCACCGCUGCCCCCAGUUAAGAGCCAAGUCCCAGAAAUCAGACUGCUCGCCCCGUACACUUCACCCAUCGGCUCGUGUGCCAUCCGACACGGCAGGGUCCACGCAAACGGUCCUGUACCUCGAACAAAAAAACGCCCUUUUGCCAGUGGCAUAUCCAGUGGUGUUCAAACGGCUAAUGCCGGUAUGCUGUGUGAACAUGGGAAUGAGCGCGGAGAAGCUGUCGGCUUGGGAAAGGCAAAUCUCAAGCACACAAUUGAUAAUACCGAUUUUGGUAAUGCAGCAGAAUGCAACUUGUCCCAGGUGUGGAAUGUACCGCGUGGGUUGAGGGGGCCAGCCGCAGCAAGAAGGGGAAGGGGGCAGGUUGGGGGUGAAGGGAAAGAAAGGGCCCCCCUCGUAGGAUAUGCCACUUCGUCGUUUGCCGUUACGAUCUGCUGAGCGGCGAGCGGCGAAUACCAGUGUCACCUCAAACAGUUGCAGUGAAUUGUAUAUAUGUAAUAAGUAAAAUAGAAAAAAGUAAUGGUUUCAAUUUAAUUAAUUCUCUAACUAAAUGUAUAACUAGAAGGAAGUAACAUUAAGGAAAAAAAUGCUUUAAAGUUGCCUGCAUUAUGAAAUAAUUGUGAUAACCGCUUUUAAGUGUACAGUCCAGAAAGUGUCGUCACCUCGGGUGUGUUGCGUCAACUUCGGGAGUGACCGAAGCAAGUUCCACUCGGAGGUGAAGUGCGGGGUCCUGUCGUGUGCAUUUCCAUCGUGAUUGAUGUUAACACAGUGUUCCCAGGCUCACACGUGCUUGUAUUUAAAAGGCAAGUCUCUAGUGUGUUUGUGAAAAUAGUGCUUUUGUAUGACGCACUCAAUUGUUGGCCAAAUAUUCAAACCCAAGAAAUAAAGCGCUACUAUUGCACACAUUA